AUGACCUACGCCACGGACCUUAUGUUGCAAAGAUUCAAGGACAGCACAUCGUUUCGAACCUCGCUUCCAGCUUCAACUUCCUCAGAACAUACCGAUAACAGCGGACCGAGCGACAUGAGUGAGAUCCAAAACGCCGUCCGAGCCCACAACAAGGCGAGAAUUCCCAGAGAAUGUCCUAUAAUGCAAUGGGAUGCCGAACUUGCCGCAAUGGCUUCCGAAUACGCCAGAAUUCUCGCAAUCUCAGACAAGCUGGAGCGCUCAGGGGUCCAGGGACAGGGAGAGAAUCUUUACGCCAGUGCCGCCGAGAGCAACUACAUCGAUGCUGUGGAAGUAUGGCUCGCCGAUACGAGCCAGAAGAAGAUUGAGGAGGAAGUGGAGAAUCUUGGUCAUUUCAGUAGGCCAGAAACGAUAUACUAUGUUGCGCUGUGCUCCACUAACGCUGGAUUUGCAGCUCAGUGUGUUUGGCACAGUACGACACAUCUGGGUAUGGGAAAAGCAAAGUCGAAGUCCGGCUUGACAUAUGUAGUUGCUCGCUACACGCCACCAGGAAACAUUGUUGGACAGAAGCCGUAUGAGUGCUGA